AUGAUUCUCGAGUCUCUCUUCCCCUUUCUUGUUGCAGCUGUCUUCGUUGUGCCGGUCGCAUCCCUCACCCCCGCGGGAUGGAGGGCACAGAGCAUCUAUCAGGUCAUGACUGACCGAUUUGCCCGAACCGACUUGUCGACCACCGCGUCUUGUGAUUCCUCUCGUGGGGUCUACUGUGGUGGAACGUGGAGGGGUCUGAUCAGCAAGCUUGAUUACAUCCAGGGGAUGGGCUUCACAGCGAUAUGGAUUUCGCCGUUUGUUGAGCAGAUGUCUGGUGCCACUACGGACGGUUCCUCGUACCAUGGCUACUGGGCACAAGACAUAUACGCUGUCAACUCAGCCUUCGGCACAUCUGACGACCUGGUCUCGCUGUCUGAUGCCCUCCACAGACGUGGGAUGUACCUGAUGCUGGACGUCGUCACAAACCACUAUGCCUGGAACGGCUGUAGCAGCUGUGUCGACUACAGCACAUUUGUGCCCUUCAACUCCAAUUCUUAUUUCCACAGCCCGUGCUCCAUCGACUACAACAAUCAGACUUCCAUCCAGGUAUGCUGGCAAGGAAGCGAAGUGGUGUCGCUCCCGGACCUGCGCACUGAGGAUAGCUAUGUCUCGAAUACCCUCAAUAGCUGGAUCAGGGACGUCGUAUCGACUUACGGUAUCGACGGUAUCCGGCUUGAUAGCGCCAAGCACGUUGACAGCAACCACUUGUCCAGCUUUGAGGACGCAUCAGGGGUCUACAUCGUCGGCGAAGUGUUCAACGGAGACCCGGAUUAUGUCAUGCCUUACCAGCAGUACCUCAGUGGGUUGGUGAACUACCCUGCCUUCUACUGGGUCACUCGGGCCUUUUCGUCGACCUCUGGCAGCAUAUCAGACCUCGCCAAUGGCAUCAACACCAUGAAGGAUCAGGCCGCCGAUCUGAGUCUGUAUGGCUCGUUCCUGGAGAACCACGAUAAUGCCCGCUUCCCCUCGCUCACCCGCGACAUGAGCCUUGCCAAGAGCGCGAUCGCGUUCACGGUCCUCAUGGAUGGCAUCCCGAUCAUUUAUGAGGGCCAGGAACAGCACUAUGCAGGCGGGGACACCCCGAACAACCGAGAAGCCAUCUGGCUAUCUGGCUAUGAUACCUCCUCAGAGCUGUACAAGUGGAUCGCCAAGCUGAAUGCCAUCCGCAAGCUGGCCAUAUCGAAGGACCCGACCUACCUGGACUACUCGGCGUGGCCCGUCUACACGGACAGCCACACCAUCGGCAUGCGUAAGGGGUACGCCGGCAAGCAGGUCGUCGGCGUGUACAGCAAUGUCGGUUCUGCGGCAAGCACGACCAUAACGCUCACUGGUGCGAACACCGGAUUCACUUCUGGCCAGGCCCUGACGGACGUGAUGAGCUGCACUUCUUUCACCGCCGGCACGAAUGGGAAUCUUGCCGUGACUAUCAGCGGCGGUGUUCCGAGGGUAUUUUACCCGACAGCGCAGAUCAAUGGGAGCGGGAUAUGUGGAGGAGGAUCAACUCCACCAACAACCACGACAACGGCGCCGGGAUGCACCGCCACUUCUGUCCCCGUCACCUUCAACGAGCUCGUGACGACCAACGUCGGGACGACGGUCAAGAUAGUCGGCAACGUCGCAGCCCUAGGAAACUGGGAUACCAGCAAGGCCGUGGCGCUGAGCGCCUCCAAGUACACCGCUGCGAGCCCGCUGUGGGAUGGUACCGUCAACCUCGCCCCGGGCACCGUCAACUACAAGUUCAUCAAGGUCGCUGGGUCUUCUGUCACUUGGGAGGCUGACCCGGAUCACACCCUGACAGUGCCAUGCACUGCUACUACUGUCUCUUCAAGCUGGCAGGCGUGAGCUGUAAGAUCGAGCUGGAUCACUAUCCCCUGGGGAGGGUUUCACUUGGGGGCUGAUAUAGUGACAUGUGCUCUUCUGGUGUUGUCUCCUUGUGUCUGCAUGAACUACGAUCAUAGACAGUAAUGAUAUACAGACGUUGUGCCGUACCAAAUCACACUACUGAGCCCAAUUUCUUUCCUCUGUCCUUUCCUCUCGUGCUGGAGCACCUGACUG